CCGGGCACUUCCGCCUCCUGGAAACCGCCGUGUGUCGCCUCUUUGGUUCCCACCCAAACAAACAAAGCUCAUGGAGAUUUCCCCCCUCUCAGAAACAGCUCUGUGUCCCGGACAGCUGAUCCCUUCAGUUAGCUGGACUUGUUAUCAGAAAAUCAAGCUCCUGUUAGCCGGUUACGAUAUCUUUCUGUAACGGUAUUUAACUGACGGUUUGUAAUUCCAGCCGUUGCGCAACACUAACGUUAACCUAGCUAGCUGCGAGUCUCCAAACAGCAGCAGGAGAGAUGACAAGCCGUUUGUCGGUUACAGGCUGUACUUUAAAACGGGUUUGACAAGAACGGAUGACAGCCCCGGUUCGGCUCCUGCUCGGAGAAGAUCAGAUGUUGAAGAAAAUUUGUUGAGUCAAGCUAGUUACCAGUUACUAUGAGUGCAAUGCGUGUGGAUGCCAAAGUGGUGAUGCUGGGGAAGGAGAGCGUGGGGAAGACCAGCCUGGUGGAGAGAUACGUUCAUCAUCGCUUCUUGGUCGGACCGUACCAGAACACUAUCGGUGCUGCUUUUGUUGCCAAACCAAUCCAGGUGGGAGAGAAAGUGAUCACCCUGGGAAUAUGGGACACAGCUGGAUCCGAGCGCUACGAAGCCAUGAGCCGAAUCUACUACAGAGGAGCCCGGGCAGCCAUAGUCUGCUAUGACCUGACCGACAGCAGCAGCUUCCAGCGAGCUCGGUUCUGGGUGAAGGAGCUGCAGAACUGCGAGGAACACUGUAAGAUCUACCUGUGUGGCACUAAGAGCGACCUGAUUGGAGGAGACCGGAGCCUGCGGCAAAUCGACUACCACGAUACUCAGGACUUUGCUGACGAGAUCGGUGCGCUUCAUUUUGAGACCUCCAGUAAAACAGGAAACAACGUGGACGAGUUGUUCCAGAGAGUUGCUGAGGAUUACAACAGCACUGCCCUCCAGUAUAUGACCGCGGAGGAAACAGGCGUGGACUUGGGCCAGAAGAAAGACUCAUAUUUCUACUCCUGUUGUCAUAACAACUGAUGCCGAGCAACAGGAAGGGGAUCACCUUCCCUCGGCCGGAGCAAAAACCUGGAUAUGCUGGACGGACGGCCAGAUGACUCGGCUCUGGAGCUGGGAUCCAACUCCCAAGAGGAAGAAGACAUCAGUACUGCUUCCUGUUUAUACCUUACUGUACAUGUUCAUUACUUUAGUGCCAUAAAGAACUGACUGCUGCAAGACCACGGAAGAGGCUCUACUGCUGCUGCAACUGUUACUGGGUGGGAGAGGGACCUAAAACCCUGAACUCUCACCCAGUUAACUCCCUUUUUUCCUGCAGCUUCUUCUGAGCUGGACCCUGGAAGUAAACCUAUCUCUGAAGCUGCGGAGUUCAUCAAUCUGAAGUUAAAAAGAGGGAUCCCGCUGAACACGGACUGGCAGAGACAACCUGGUUGUUGGGUGAAUGCUUUGUUUACAGCGCUGGGUUUUUGUUUUCGUAUUUAACCUUGCUGUGGAAACCCGUCUGUUAGACCUGCACUUCUGCAAUGACGCCAACGGAGCGACGCCAACUACGAUAUAAAAAAAAAAAACACUCCGGUGUUUACAGUCAUACUUUAAUUAAAAUAAAUUCCCUUUUUUGUGUGCAAAUCUAGUAUAUAAUGAAGUGAUACCAAUGAUCUUUAUGAAGGCCUUAAUACCCACAGUAGAAGGGUUUGUGUGUCCAAAAUUCAACUUUCCAGAGCGUUGGCUCUUCAGCGUUUACCACCACAUUAUGGAUGAAUUACAGCUGCUGGAUACAGCGCCACCACGCAGCCAGUGGCCACUCACGGUACUGCAAUUUAGAGCAACUUAGAGCUGCAAAGAUUAUUUGAUUAGUUGUCAACUCAUGAAUGAAUCGCCAACUAUUUUGAUAAUUGAUU